GCUCAGCCCAGCAGCUAUGGCAGGCGACGAGAGGGACUACAACCUGACGGAGGACCAGAGGGCUAUCAAAGCCAAAUACCCCCCGCUCAAUAAGAAGUAUGAAUGUGAGUGCUUUUAACGCUAUCCUGAUACGGCACGUGUGAGACGGUGCAGUCGGGGCGGGGGAGAAAGGAAGAAAGCAGGAUAUGCUGUUUAGGUGCUUGUGGGGUUUUGUAAUGUGCUAGUUUCGUGUGUUUAGACUGUGGGAUACGUCUGUAGUUGAAAAUAGAGAUGAGAUAUAUGCGUUUCUCUUUAUGGAAGGUAGCUGCCUUUUUUUGUUAUGGGUGCUAAGGAAAUGAUAUGAAUAAAUUAGUUAAGAGACUUAGGUUGAAAACUUUAACCUUUUGAGCUAUUUCUUAGCUAGAUGGUACAUUGUCUACUUCCCUUAUAUUAGAAGAGAUAAUGAAGAGUGUGUUGGUCUUCUGUGUGUUUUUUUUUUAUUUUUAUUUUUCUUCCUCCUACAUGUACUACACGGGAUCAUUAUUUCUUGUUUUCCCCACCCCUGGAAUGACUUCUAAGAACUUUCAAGCCAGAGGGCGUCAGCCCAAGCACCAUCAUUUGGAUCACACAGCAGAUGUGCAGCUACAUGCAUGGGGAGACACUUUGGAAGAAGCAUUUGAGCAGUGUGUUAUGGCCAUGUUUGGCUACAUGACUGAUACAGAGACUGUGGAACCUCUGGAUACCGUAGAGGUAGAAGCAGAAGGGCAUGACAUGUUGUCUCUUCUCUUUCACUUCUUGGAUGAGUGGCUGUAUAAAUUCAGUGCUAAUGAGUUCUUUGUACCCAGGGAGGUGAAAGUGCUUUACAUUGACCGAAUGCAAUUCAAAAUAAGAUCAAUUGGGUGGGGAGAAGAGUUCUCUUUACAAAAACACCCUCAGGGCACAGAGGUCAAAGCCAUAACUUACUCGGCAAUGCAGAUCUGUGAAGAAGAAAAGCCAGAAGUCUUUGUCAUCAUUGAUAUUUAAAGCAAGAGAAAUUUAACUAAGCGGAUACUUGCCAUUGGCUGACAAAAGUCCCUAGAAAACUAACCCCCAUGAAAGUGACUAAGGAAUUAGCUAAUUCAAAUCAUAAAUUGAAGGGGGUUGUGGGAAAUGUUAUCCUCUAUUUUGACUUGAGGAUGGUGAGCCAGACCAAUACCUGCAUGCCAGGAAAAAAAGAGCUGGUUGGGUCUGGGGGUGGAUUUGAGAAGAGAAUUAUAGGGGUUGAAAGUCUCUCAGGAAUGCUGGUAGUCAGCUUUUAAAGCUGAUAUGUGUGUUGGGUGCUGUGUGAACUAAGAUAAAUUAGUGGAGCUGCUAGCUAAAUACUAGCUUUUUGUAGGGUGGCAGGAGAUAAUUACAUGACUUCAUUUGCAAAUUUAAAUAGAAUAAUUUUGAGCUCUUUUGUAUUAUCUAAAGGGUCCAAAAUAUCUUCAGUGGAUCAGAUUAAAAGCUUUUGUUUGAAGGACACCUAAGGAAGUAAAAUAAUUUUAUAAAUUCGAAAAAAAAAA